ACCCGCCCUCCUAUCAUAACAUUACUCUCUUGGAUGACAAUUUACUUUUGAAAAUCAGGAUUAUCGGUACGCAUUAUUUAACACUGCGAUAAUGGCAGAAACGGGAGGUGGCAGUUCAGUAUCGAAGUUGAGGAAACAGUUGGAGUCCAACAGCUUCCAAGCCGAACAGUACGUGAAGUCGCUAUCUCAGCAGUCCGACGGGGACCGGGAUUUGCAGGAGCACAUGCAACGAAUCCAGAGCUUGGCAGACGAGACAGCACAGAAUCUAAAGCGCAAUGUCUACCAGAAUUACAGGCAGUUUAUCGAGACAGCUCGGGAGAUCAGCUACCUGGAGGGAGAGAUGUAUCAGCUUAGUCACAUACUCACCGAGCAGAAGAGCAUCAUGGAGAGCGUGACCCAGGCCCUCCUGUACACAGAUCGCGGCGAGGGCGCCCGAGAGCUACAGGCCGCCUUUCCUAAGGAGGCCGACGAGGGUAAAGUGCGGAACCUCACCACUCUGUUAGAGAAAGUAGAAGGUUGCAAAAACCUGCUGGAGACUCCCGGAAGAUAUUUGGUGUAUAAUGGUGAUUUGACAGAGUUUGAUGUGGAUAAUAUGGUCCUAAUCCAGAAAGUCCAUGCUUUCCUGAUGAAUGACUGCUUGCUCAUUGCCACUGUGUUACCAACUCGUAGGGGCAUGUACAAGUACAAUGCUCUGCAUAACUUAGAUGACCUUGCUGUAGUAAAUGUAAAGGAAAACCCUCCUAUGAAAGACAUGUUUAAGAUUCUUAUGUUCCCGGAGAGUCGCAUCUUCCAAGCAGAGAAUGCAAAGAUUAAAAAAGAGUGGCUGGAAGUGUUGGAAGAAACAAAAAAGAACAAAGUAUUAAAUGAGAAACAGAAAAAAGAAGAGGAAGCCCCACGUUCUCCUGUUUUGUCUAGGUCCUCAAACCCAUUCAAAGUUGAGGAAAUGCCUGAUGAAGAGGAGGUGGAUUUCAGCCUGGAGUGGAUUCAGGAGCUUCCUGAAGAUUUGGAUGUUUGUAUAGCUCAGAAGAAUUUUGAAGGAGCAGUUGACUUACUGAAUAAAUUUAAUAGAUAUUUGGAAGAUAAACCUUUAACUCACCAUGUAAAGGAGUUGAGGGCCAAAGUCGAUGGAAGAGUCCGCCAGCUAACAGAUGUGCUUGUCUUUGAACUUUCCCCAGACAGAUCUUUAAGAGGAGGUCCAAAGGCAACACGAAGAGCUGUUUCUCAGCUUAUAAGAUUGGGUCAGUCCACCAAAGCAUGUGAACUGUUUCUGAAGAACAGAGCAACUGCUGUACACACCGCAAUACGUCAGCUAAGAAUUGAGGGGGCAACGCUGCUUUAUAUACACAAAUUAUGUGGUGUUUUUUUUAACUGUUUACUAGAUACAGCAAAGGAGUUUGAGAUGGAUUUUGCUGGCAAUAGUGGCUGCUACUCUGCCUUUAUUGUUUGGUCUCGCUCUGCACUGAAAAUGUUUGUGGAUGCCUUUAGUAAGCAGGUAUUUGAUAGUAAAGAAAGCCUCUCUACUGCUGCCGAGUGUGUAAAAGUUGCAAAGGAACAUAGCAACCAGCUUAGUGAAAUAGGCUUAGACCUUACCUUCAUACUUCAUGCCUUACUGGUAAAAGACAUAAAAGCUGCUUUACACAGCUACAAAGAUAUUAUUAUAGAAGCUACAAAACAUCGUAAUUCUGAAGAAAUGUGGAGAAAAAUGAACCUAAUGACACCCGAGGCUCUUGGGAAGUUGAAGGAAGAAAUGAGAAGCUGUGGCGUGGUUAACUUUGACUUUUAUACUGGGGAUGAUUGUUGGGUUAAUCUUAGUUACACAAUUGUGGCCUUUACAAAACAAACCAUGACCUUUUUGGAAGAAGCACUCAAACUUUACUUUCCAGAAUUGCACAUGGUCUUGCUUGAAAGUCUGAUGGAAAUAAUACUGGUUGCUGUUCAGCAUGUAGACUAUAGUCUAAGAUGUGAGCAAGAGACUGAAAAGAAGGUAUUCAUUAGGCAGAAUGCAUCAUUUUUAUAUGAUACUGUACUCUAUGUUGUGGAAAAACGAUUUGAAGAGGGUGUUGGCAAGCCAGCCAAACAAUUGCAGGAUCUGAGGAGUGCAUCUAGAUUGGUUCGUGUUAACCCUGAGAGUAUGACAUCUGUUGUCUAAUUUCAAAUGUUUGUUCUUGUAUAUUCCCAGUUAUGAAUGUCUCUAUUUUGAUAUCGGAUUGUUAAGUUAGGGUACAUUUGGAAAGAAUUUUUGUAACUGUUUAGCUAUAUUAUGCAUAUGGGGGUCCAUCAAAUGUAACUCUCCUCCCGCAGCAUUAUUAGCCAGCCUAGAAGAGACUACUGGCCUGGCUAAUGUUAAUAGAUAAUUCUCUGCACAGCCCACUUGCUGCACCAGUAAUCCCCACCCCCCCUUCGCCCUCCAUUAAACGUGAAUGCAGGGACAAUUUGGUCUCUGCAUGGGAGCGCAGAUUAGUUUUUAGAUUAGGGGCAGAGCCAAGCUGAGCAAGAUGUGCAGAGUCCCAGCUCCUGAUCAAAAUCGACUAUUUAUUUGGGGGGAAAAACCCAAGAAACUCUGCAUGGCCCUCUGCAGGUCAGCUCUAAAAGUGCAGGGGACACCUGCUUGAACAACCUUAUACUAGACACGAGCAGAUUGACAACCGGGUAUCACAAUCCAGCCACUGAGGCUCGAGGUGGUAGGGGGCGGCCGCUCUUCCCACUCGCAACCUCAAGUGCAAACUCCAAAGCACUUUUUCAUACAACCCCCUCCCUUGGACCACUGAGGGAUAUUCCGGUUAACGCUAGUCGUCUGGAGCAACCUGCCCAGCCCUACACAUAAAACAACUUACCAGAGACGCUCUCAAGAUGGUGGCCCCAUGCCGGUACCACCACCGAUUCCUUGCACCGCCUGAAACAAAUAUUCCUGUGCUUCUGGGAGAGACUGCAGAAGUGAGCUCAGAUGGAACACAAAGAACUCCCAGUAAUGGGUGAGCUAGACCACAAAUAGCAGGGAGCGAAGGGGCCCACCCUCGGGCACAGCAGCAACACACUCUCCUACUGUCAACCUUCAGGGCCCACCCGGGCUGAAGGCCACACGGGCUCAGACCCAGAGCUAUCACCCACACAAGCGGAGGGGCCACCCUCUAUGUAAGGUGCAUGUAGGCACAGUGGUUGGAGUUCCUGAGACACGGGAUUAUAGGCUUGUC